AUGUCAGCUCCCGCUACUGAGGGUACAGUUCUACAUGACUCUAAAUCCGAUCACAGAGACAAGCCGGACCAACCUUAUGAGUCUUCUAAUACCGAUGAUUUAGCAGUGAAGCCGCCGAUGCAGCACCUGUAUGUGGGACAGAUCAAUAAAUGUCCCAGCCCGGAGCCCCCAGACGUUACGCGUACAGAUCUGGUAAAAGGGCCAACGGAUGGGACAAAUAUUGCUGCGAUUGCAUCAAGCAGUACGCUGGGCCAAAACCAACAAAAACGUUGUGCUCCGGAGCUCACCAGCUCUGCCGAAGGAGGCACUUCCGGAGCUGCUAACGGGAUUUACGUUGCAAGCAAACUAAAACAUCAAGUCGACAGCAGCUCCAAUUCUCUGCAAAGGCAUUCCAAACGCUCUAGAACAACCGAAGAAUCAAGCUGUGAAGGGGCACCAAUCCCAGAAACAGAGGACAGUACAGAAACGAGCCACCACCUUCACUCGACAAAAGCAGGCAUUUUGCCAGAGGUGCCACACGAGGAAAGUGAGCGUCAGUCGGAAAAUGAGCGUCAGUCGGCUCAAGCUGGAACCCAGGAAAUGCUUAACAAUGAUAAUCUUGCAGAGAAAUACACCUCGGCUUCCGUGCACGCUUUGGGACUCUACAAUUCUUCCUGGAUACUUGCUCCCAUGGUGCGGAUAAGCACCUUGCCUUUCCGGUUGGAAUGCCUGAAGUAUGGAGCAGAUGUCGUCUACACUGAAGAGAUUGUGGACAGAAAGCUCCUUGAUACAAAGAGGCACAUCAACAAGGACUUUGGCACCAUUGAAUACAUCAGCAAGAGCGACAGACGCUGUAUUUUCUCUACUUGCGAACUCGAGAAGGGCAAAGUCAUCCUACAACUUGGAACGGCUGACGCCACACGCGCUCUGCAGGCAGCAACAGUUGCCAUACAGGAUGUUGCAGCAGUGGAUAUUAAUAUGGGCUGUCCUAAGAGCUUUUCGGUAAAAGGCGGCAUGGGAGCGGCCUUGCUUCAGACGCCAGACCUGGCGAUGGAUAUCCUGAAGACCCUCGUCCGAAAUGUUCCCUGUCCAGUCACGUGUAAAAUUCGUCUCCUUGAAACAAUGGAAGAGACUGUGGAUUUCGCACGGAAGUGCGAAAGCACAGGAAUAGCAGCCAUCGCGGUUCAUGCGAGGUUGCUGCGAAGUGCUCUUAAAAUCCCACUGAUCGCGAACGGUGACUUUCUUUCGGCUGAAGAUGCGACUCGUUUUCAAGAUUCGUACCACAUUGGAAAUUUGAUGUUCGCUAGAGGAGCUAUGUGGGAUCCAUCACUAUUUGCCCAGAAGAAGGUGGUGACUACGGAGGGCACGGCUGCGUGCUCUUUUGAGCGUACUGCUGUUCUCCAGGAUUACAUAAAGCGUGCAGUACUCUGCGGUUCGCCGUAUCAGUCGAUUAAGUUCACGCUUCAAGAAAUGACUGCACGGGAUAGUGAUAAGAAGCUCAAGCUGGACUUGGUCGCGGCGAAUUCAACUGCCAAGCUUUGUGAUGUUUUCGGAUUAGGCGACUUCUACAAAAGCAUCGAGCACGUCCCCUACGCCAAUACACUAAAUUACUACAAGCACAUUGAUAUUGGAUAA